UGAAGAAUUGAAUGAAUAGUGCGUGCAUGUCUGUGAGAAAGUGUUUAUAUUUAGAAAUGGUGUAAUGGUUUCAAUUUCAAUUGAAAUUCCAUCAUAGAAGAAGAGCAUAGAUCGAAAAAAGCAUUCGCAGCAUUUGUUUGAUUACUAGACUAAGUUCAAUGAGUAACCGGAUAAUUAUUAACAGUUAGAAAUAAGUCUGGCAUUUGUUUAGUUGUUGCCUGCAUUUCAAUCAAGUUGGAUAAGACUAUAAUUUGAAUCAUGGGCCUUACGAACUUUCAAAUAAUUCUUGACAGCCCAACUGGAGCUUACUAUGCUGGUACAAAUGUCACUGGAAGGCUUCAAUUUAAGCUAGACAAACCGAAGAAAAUAAGAGCAAUUGUAAUACAGUUCGUGGGAGUUGCGAAAACAUCGUGGAGUGAGACUGAAAGCGUCAGAAAUAAUGAUGGCAACACGGGGAAUGAAAUAGUCACCUUCACUGCAACUGAGGAAUAUUUCUCCAACAAAUAUAAUCUUGCUGGAGGCCCAAACAGUGAGAUAGAGAUUCCUCCUGGAGAUCAUGUGUAUCCCUUCAGUACAACUCUUCCGCCAAUGCUCCCUUCGUCUUUCGAGGGAGAGCAUGGAAACAUUCGGUAUACUGUGACGGCUACCCUCGAUCGACCGUGGAAAUUCGACCAACACGUGGAGAAAGUAUUUACAGUAGUCACUCCGGUUGACCUGAACUACAAUCUGAAGGCAAAGGAACCAGUAAAGUUGGAGAUUGAGAAGUACUUUUGCUGCUGUUGGUGCAAGUCCGGACCUCUAACUAUGGUCAUCAACCUCCCGUUCUCCGGGUAUGUUCCGGGACAGAACAUCCCGGUCACCCUGGAGGUGGAUAACGCCAGCAAUGUGCGGGUGGACAGCGUGAUCAUUCGAUUGGAGAAGGUGCUCAAAUGGAAAGCUCGAGAGCCGAAGAACAAGGAGCGCGAGGACAAGGUGGAGAUUGUCAAGUUGACACUGGACGCUAUAGAGGCUAACGGCUCCAAGUCUUACACGCAUCAGAUAGCUGUGCCGAUGAUGCCACCUUGUAAUCUGGACCAGUGCUCUAUCAUCAACUGCGGCUACUCACUCCAGGUGACAGCAGAAGUCAGCGGUUGCCAUAGUAACUUGUAUGGUGAGGUGCCAAUAUUCCUGGGUACAGUGCCGGUAUACCAAGCCCCCAUGGCCCCACCACCAGGUGCUCCAGACACCAUCCCCUCCGCUCCCCCGCCUGGGGCCCCCGUUGGAUUUAUCGCCAACCCAGGACCCACCGAGGGAAACAUGUAUCCUACAUUGCCUCCUAUGCCUGAGAUUCCGUCCGAGCCUGUUCAACCUGAAUAAAUCUCCCAAAGAUCUUCCAAUCACCAAAUAUCAUCUUGUAAAAGUUAAGCUGAUUCUCGAAGUCCGAUUUUUGCCUUAAAUUGCUACAACUUAUCUAAUAUUUAAAUUGUAUAACCAACCUACUUCCUAUUCUAUAACCUAUAUUUAUCCUAUUAAUGCCAAAGAUUCAUUAUGUAUUGGAGUUUUAAACUUAUAUGGAGAUCUAAAAUUAUUAAAUUUGAUUUUUAUAGAUAAGAUAAAUUUUCUUACCUCCCUUCUUGCUCUACAAUUUUAAAUUUAAUUGAUUUCCUUUAUCCAUGGCAGCUUAAACGCCAACCUCUCCUUAUAUUUUGAACACUUUAACAGUGACGCUUAUUAUAUAAAUAUUUAUUUUAUUUUAAUUAAAAACUAUUUUAUAUCUUAAGUGAAAACUUAGUAGGCCUAUAUUUAAGUGGAUUUUACCUUAUUUAAUAACUCCACAGGUUAUCGCACAUUAUCUCUACUGUUGUAGGUUUUAAUUGUAUUGUAAUCAUGUGAAUCAAAUCCGUCACUGCGUUAUAUAAAACGUAAUUACUUAAUCACUAAGACUGCUUAUGUUAACCUCGGCAUCAACACAUUGUACUGCCUUUUUAUAUACGCUUGUACUAACUAUCGGGGAGUUAGAAUCUAUAUGUAGUGAAAAGAUUAAUAUAUAACCACAAUUAUUUAUAUUUUGUUACAAUUUUAUUUAUUUUAUUAUUAUUAUACUGUAGGAAUGUUUAGGGCUCAAUUUAUGUCUGGCUUUUGCCAAAUUUUUACAUACAUGUAGCUUACGUUGGGUUUUAGUUUUAUUUCGUCAUCACAUGUUACCAUGUUAUAGCCUGAUUUAUGUUUAUCUUAAACUUUAAAAGCUAUGUGGUUGUAAUUUUCAAGACUUGGAAAGUAACUGUAAUACUCCAGAAUCAAACCAUAUAUUACCUUAGCGUGUAAGGAUGUUAAAUCGUAGCAUAGACUAACACAAGUAGACUUCUCAUCCCAUUGUAAAUUUUGAAGCUCGUUUUUUGUGAAUAGUUCACGUUGACUAAAUUUUUUUCUAUUAUUUUAUGGUUCAUGAUUUGUGUUUUACUGUGUGGUUAGGGGACGAGUUAUUGUUUAUGAGUAGAUCGUUUUAUUUGGUUAAACGAGGUUUUAAAUUACUGAAAUAACAAGAAACUAAUUUUAAACAAAACACGAGCUCUACAGUGCUCCAAACGGAACAAACAAUAACAUAAUCUUCAGCUGAUCCAUAAGGAUGAGAUGUCUAGUUUUAUCUAUGAUUCUAGUGAAAAAGAUUGUUGGAUUUAGAUGAACUUUUUUAGUUGUGUGGUUUAUUCUGUCGUGGUGUGUUGUGAAAUGUGGGUUAUGAGUCUAGAUAAUUAUAGAUGUUUUUAAAUGUAAUAGUUAGUACCAAUUAGGUAAUGUGGUAGUAAUGGUUUUAGCGAUUACUGUCACAAUCACUAAAAUUGAGAAUGAGGUAAAACAGCUGAUGCGUUACAAAGCCAACAUUUUGAAUCAAUAUCAAGAAACUUUAAGAGCUAAUGUCAGUAAUGUGGCGAUUCUCUGGGAGAAGAUUAUAGUCAAACCGCUAAAAGCAUCAAACUCUAGAGGCUUCAACACCACCAUUGAUAGUUGGACUGUUUUAUUGUGUUUCAUAAUUAUAUUUUAUGGUAUUACAGAGAGUUGAAGCUUUUAAUAAAUUGAAUUUGUAGUCUUCCAAAUCAGAUAAUGGUAACUUAAAACAACCUACAGAUAAAACAUUUGAUUGUAAAUUUUGUGAAGGUUGCUGACAAUACAUUGACUGUAGACAACCAUUCAGAGCGAACAAUAGUAUAAGAUAAAAACUAAUCCUUCAAUAAAUUAAUGGCAAAACUAUUUAGUUGUAGCUUAAUUUAAUAUGUAACGUUAAGUAGGCAAGAUUUAAUUUCUGUUUGAAAUGUAGUUGUCGGAAAAAUGACAAAAGACUGUUGUAUUUGGUUAACUUUAUCACAAUUUCACAAAUAUUUUGGCAUAGCACUUUGUACAUAAAAGAACGCCUUGUAUUACUGAUCAUGUUUAAAUAAAAUUUCUUAUAAAUUUAAUCGGUCAAAUUGAUUUAAAAUACUAAAUUAAAUUGGAAACAUUACUUUAGCCACAUUUAUACAUUAACUAGCUGUACCCGCGGGCUUCGCCCCGUUUAACUUCAUAAGUAUUCGCAUGGCUCAUUCACGUCCUGGUUGAAGUUCGUUCGCUACGCUCACUCACCUUUAGGUUGGAGCUCGUUCGCUGCGCUCACUUGCCUUCAGGUUAGCUCGUUCGCUACGCUAACUCGCCUCCAGGUUGAAGUUUGUUCGCUACGCUCACUCACCUUUUGGUUGG